AUGGAGAACAGCCCGGCAAGGCGACCAGCAUCCCAGCUAAUUGCUGGGUUUGCGUCGCCUUCGGCACCAGCCAGCUCACGAAGUAUUAUGCAACAAUCUUUCCUCUCUGUCCGGCCUCAGCAGCCAACACACGAUGCCGAGAAGGAUGAACUGCGCGUACAAGUCAGUACGCUCACAUACGAGCUCGCCAAUAUAAAGCAGGAGCGAGAGAUGGAGGUUAUCCGUUUCGAGAAAGAGACGAGAAGCCUUCAGUUGAAGGCCGACGCGGACUUUCGCAAAGCUCAGGCAGCCGAAUCCGCCAGUCUCCGGGCUACUGCGAAAACCGAAGCUUUAGCGAAAGAAUUGAAAGAAACCCAAGAGCAAUCAUUGAGUGACAAAGCGGGAUUUGAGCGCAAGAUUAGGGAUCUGCAGGAUGAAAGGCAAAACAUCCAGGAAGAGCUCAAUGACACCCAAGCCCAACUUUCCGACCAAGAGCGCCAGUACAAGUACCAAAUCCACGAACUCGAAACCGUUCGCGCGUCCCUUCAGAAAACGAUCGAAGAAUUUCAGCAUGAUCUCCAAGAAGCACGCAACGCUCAACAGAUGACCCAGGAAAAGUUGUCCGAGCGUGAGGCCGAGGUGGCAGAUCUCGAAUCCCAAAAUAUCAAAUUGAAGGCCGAAGGCAGCGACGCAGAGGCUCUGGCAGUUAUCAAGCGCGAGCUGUCCGAUCAGGUCAACCACAUUCGUGAGCUCGAAUCAACGAAUCGAGAUCAGACAAUAGAAUUGCGCCAUCUGCGAAAGGUGCAGAAAAAUGUCGAAGUGGUUGAGGAACAGAAGAGAACCCUCGAAAACCAGCUCCAGCUGAUGAGCGGGCUGGAGGCGGAACUUAGUACCGUGCAAAUUCAGAAACGGGUCCUGGAGGACGAGCGACAGUCAUGGGCCAGCCUCCUGCAGGAAACUGACCAGCCCAUGGAAUUUGAUUCCCCAGAGGCAGUGGUCAGGGCUCUUGUCCAAGAGCAGAUUGAAAAAGCCACUCUAGUUGACCGACUCGGAACCGUUGAUGCGCAAUUCUUGGAAAAGGAUGAAGUGAUUACCAGUCUCGAGAAAGAGAAGGUCUCACUUCGUCAGGAGCUGGAGAAGCUUCGCAUUGCCGGAAGCAUUUCUGCGGGUGCAUCAGCACCAGCUGUGGCAGAGGCUCGUGUUCGCUCCCGGUUGGAGAGACAGCGUGCUCUAGCCGUUAAGGAGGUUGAAUAUCUACGAGCGCAACUCAAGACCUUCGACACGGAGGAAGAGACUAUGAACACCGAACAAGGCACGUACGACGAACAAAAGUCGGCACGAAUCGCACAGCUGGAACAGUUAGUUGACGAGUACCGCAACGAGCUUCAAAAGGCGCAUGAAGAACUUUCCAAGCGGGAGGUACCUCCGCCACAGGAGGAGGCUCAACCUCGGGGGACAAAGCGUCCCCUCUCGCCCGCCGAUAGUGACGCCGAAAACGAGCGUUUCGCAGUGUUGACUCGGAAGCACCGAAAACUUCAAGAGUCGUUCUCCAAAUCACAACAGGCUACAAUGCUGGCCAAACGAGAACUAGAUGCUGCCAAAUCUCAAAUCAAAUCUCUAAAGUCCAAAUCCCACACGCGGAUUCUGGAACUUCGUGAAAACCCGACUGCAGAAGCAGAGAAGAUCAAGAUGACCACCUUGAACACGCUGCGCUCGGAGAACCAGGCUCUCCUAGCCCAGCUCCGCGGUGAACACUCCGGCGUUAAAGUAGUCCCUAUCAGCACACUCGACAACCUCAAUCUCGAAAUGCAGGAAAUGGAGCGAGUCGUGGCAGACAAGGAGAAGCGCAUGCGUCGUUUCAAGGAAAUUUUUACCGCCAAAUCGUCCGAAUUCCGGGAAGCCGUCGCCUCUCUGUUGGGCUACAAGCUUGACUUCCUUCCAAAUGGUCGUGUCCGCGUUACAUCAAUGUUCCAUCUAUCAGCCGCAUACCGCCAUGGUGACAGCGAUGCUCCCUCCGAUGCUCGCGGGCCUGGCAGCAUGGGCAACGGCGAGGAGAACUCGAUUGUCUUUGAUGGAGAGAAUGGCACGAUGAAGAUCUCCGGUGGCCCGAAUAGUCUUUUCGCGCUGGAAAUCAAGCCUCUGAUCAAGUUCUGGGUUGAGGAGAGGAAGGAUAUCCCUUGCUUUUUGGCGGCGAUGACGCUUGAUUUCUAUGAUAAGACAACCAGGGCUGCAAGAAUAUAG